UUUUUAAACAGUGGAAGAAAAAAACAGAAACAAUAGGCUUCCCUGCAAGUCUGGCUUGGAUUCCUAAUGAAAGACAAACAAAUUCAAUGAAAUCGACCCACGUGCUGGCAAAAUGUAUUUUAAACAUCCCGCUAGUGACGCUCGCGAGAGUCGGAGCCGAGCGGAUGGGCGUUGCAGUGAAUCCACUUCCUAGUUAAUACAACUGCUGCAUUCACAGUUAGGUGUUUAUAUUUAUACAAAUAUAUAUUUAAAAAAGUAUAAGUUGAACGAAGACACCAUGUGCACGGACUGCGUACAGAAGGAAUAUCCUAACAGGGGAAACACUUGUUUAGAGAACGGCUCUUUCCUGCUGAACUAUGUGGGCUGUGCAAAGUGCAACCAGAGGGACUUCAUGCUGAUCAACAACAAAACAACAGAAGAGGACGACGGAGAGGAAAUAGUUACGUAUGAUCAUGUGUGUAAGAAUUGUCAUCACAUCAUAGCCAGGCAUGAAUACACUUUCUCUGUCGUUGAUGAUUACCAGGAAUACACCAUGCUUUGCAUGCUGUGUGGAAAAGCGGAGGAUACAAUUAGCGUGCUUCCUGAUGAUCCCAGACGAAUGGCCCCGCUCUUUUAAAGAAAAAGGAAGUGAUGCAUGGAAGAGUAAAUGAGCGAGGCGCAGAGCAGGGAGCCUGUGAAGGAUGUGGUAACCCUGAAAUCACUGACGAAGGCAGUAACGGAAACCUGCGCGUGGCUUUUUUUUUCCUGUCCAUUUCUGUGUUAUUUAUUGUAAAAAUGUGUUUUUUUUUUUGUUUUUACUUUGUUAUAAGUGCACCUGUGCCACUAAUACUGUACUGUGACUGAAAUAAGUAUUCAACCACCCCAGAUGGGCUUGGUGUGCCAUUGGCAGAAGGACAUUUGUUGUCCUUUUACCCCUAACUCAUGAUUCCCUUAUAUAAUAUGUCGCUAUGCCUGCAUAGAGUCAUCGCCUCUUUUAAAUAUAUGCAAAUGAUUUUAAUGAGCAAGGCUUCUCGCAAGAGCAGUGCUACCCCAAAAAGGGGCAGUGGGGACCCAGCAAUGUACCAGUCUUGUCAAUCAAGUUAAAAACACAGCCUGAGCCUGUGGGUAAAGAAAGACAAACAGCCCCUGCAGCCCUUCCCUCAUCAGAUUUUGUAAAGAACAAAGCACAGCCCACGGGCAGGGGUGGUUGAAUACUUUACUGAGGUUGUAUGUAACGCAAGGCUUCUGACACUUCACAGCAGCUUUGGCAAAAUGCCAACAGAAAAAAAAGCAUACAUAUGAAGCCUGUCUUCUCUGGUGCAGUCUUAACGUAUUCCCAAUGCAGAACAGCUGUCUGCGUGGGACAUUCAUUGUGUUGUUUAUUCCCAAACAAAUGGGUUUCUGCAAAGCUGAUUGCUAAGACUGAUCCCACAUUGAUCUUCGCAUGUGGUUCUGAAUGUAUACACCUGUCACACUGCUUGUUGUGAUGGACAGUGCCACUGGCUGCAGUCCUGCGCAGUGCAGGCAGAUUCAAUGAGAACUUCCCUUCACAGUUCUGCAUGCACACCUCAACGAACACCCAUCUGUAGAGAUACAAUCAGAAACCACUACCCUCAUCUGAUAUCCCACAGGCGAUUAUUCAAAAGCCUUAAAACACUAGUAAUAUAAUUAGGGCUUCUGAUUUUCGGUUUUAGCCGAUAAAACCCGAUAAAACACCCCCGAUACAAAAAAAAUUAAAUCGGUGGAUAGCCAAUAAACACCAGAAAAACUGUGGACAUGGUUAAUCGAUUCACGUUGACUUUACCCUUUUCCCAUUAAAAAAUAAAACGUACUACAAAAAUAACAAUAAAUA